GAGAGGGAGUACUUAUUCAAACCAAACAAACUAUUUGGCCGAUGGAAAAAUGAGCGGCUCAAACCUCAACUCAGAAGCAGAAAGAUUGGUAAUCUGCAUAGGCGACAUCCAUGGAUAUUACACAAAGCUCCAAAAUCUAUGGUCCAAUCUCCAAUCCCAAACAAACCCAUCUCAAUUCAACAACGCCAUUAUCAUUUUCUUGGGAGAUUACUGUGAUAGAGGCCCAGAUACCAAAAGGGUCAUUGAUUUCUUAAUCUCUCUUCCCUCAAAAUACCCAAAUCAAAAGCAUGUUUUUCUUGCUGGCAACCAUGAUUUCGCCUUUGCGGCAUUCGUCGGAGUUCUUCCGCCGCCGCCUGACGGGUCUGAGUUUCGGGAUGGGUGGAAGGAGUAUGCGCAGAGCGAGGAGAGAGAAGGGUGGUACGUUGGUGAUGGGUUUGAGAAUAUGCAUUUGCAAGGAAGAAGAUGGGCUGGUUCUAUCAAAGUUAAGUUUAAUACUGCUAAAGGAGUUGAGUAUCAGGGUUCUAUUUAUGAUGCUGCUCCUACUUUUCAAUCUUAUGGAGUUUCUCAUGGCUCUGCUGAUUUGAUGAAAGCUGUACCGGAUUACCACAAGAAAUUUCUUGCUGAUUUGGUUUGGGUUCACGAAGAGGACAAUGUUUGUUUGGAGACCACAGAGGGGCUCAAGAAAUGUAGGCUGAUAGCGGUGCAUGGUGGACUUCAACAAGGAAAUUCUGUCAAUGAGCAACUGAAGCGUCUGAAAGCUAGGGACACAGCCAUACCAAAGGUUGAAUGUCUAAGUGGAAGGAAAAGCAUUUGGGAUAUGCCAGAGGAAUUAAAAGUUAUGCCAACCAUUUUGGUAAGUGGUCACCAUGGAAAGCUUCAUAUUGAAGGCUUGAGGCUGAUAAUUGACGAAGGUGGUGGCUAUGUGGACAAGCCGGUGGCUGCUAUCAUCCUGCCAUCCAUGGAAAUUGUUCGCGACACUGAUUGUGCAUGACCAUGACUUUGGAUAUUUGCCUCUUCCAUCAUGGGUUUGGCUGAUCAUUAAGAUGAGAUGUCUUGAUCUUGUUCUCACCCUUUUUUUUUUUUUUUUUUUUUUUUUUUUUUUUUUUUCUCACCCUUAUAUAUGCACAAUACCCCUACUACUACUACUCUUGCUGCUACUGCUACUAUCACUGCUACAUAUAUUACGUAAUAGUGCUUGGUUUAGUGGUAAGAUUGUAUCUGCUAAUCAAAUUUUCACUAUGGAUGUUAUAGGGGUGGGGAUUUGUCCUUUCCUCCCAUUAGUCCAGCUCCAUUGACCUUUAGUUCGUAGGGCGCCUUUUCCUAACAUACCACCAAAAAGAUAAAAAAAAUGCAUAAUAAUUUGUGCUCUCUUUUCUCUCAA